UCUGCAUCGUUCCAGAUUUUCGUUAGCUUAGCAUGUUUAAGGCGAAUUCUGAGGUAAAAUUCGUACUUCGCGUCGACGGGCGGCUUUUAAUGUAAUUUACUGUAGUAAUUUGGAGUUUCUGCUCGCUGUCGUGUCGGAAAAACGCGCGUUUAGAGCGAAGGACGUCGUGUGGGAGUCUGUGAAACACCCCCCGCCCCGGGCGAGCCGCGGUGAGGAGCGCUAGCUGAGGAGCAGCUCGGCUACAGCCCGCUCUCCCCCACCAGCGCUCUGUUUGUGUUGACGUCGUCAGCAGCAGCAGCAGCAGCAGAGAUAACCUACAGCAGCUAGCUGCAGUCGGAGGCGACGCGGGUUUAAUGCAGGUUUAGCUGAAGAAUUCUCCGACUUGGAGGGAAAAUGCAGAGGCUACGCCACUUUAUUUCAGUUGUGCUGCUCCCCAUCGCAGCUUUGAGUUUAGAUUUUAAUCAGUUCAGCGGUGGUCCGUCCCGUAACGCCCGCUCUCUCUACGAGAAGACCCCCUUAUCAGAGAGGAUUAUAAAGCAGGCAGAGCACAGCAUUCACAAACGAAGCGCAGACUCUGGAGAAGACACCUGUAAUUCUCUGCAGAGAUAUGACACCAAAUUAACCAGCAACACUCACAGCCACAGCUUUGAUGAUCUUAGUGGAUCAGUGUCUCUGGCCUGGAUAGGAGACGGAACAGGGGUUCUUCUGGCUCUGACCACAUUUCAGGUGCCUUUAUUCAUGCUAAGAUUUGGCCAGUCCCGGCUGUAUAGGAGCGAGGACUAUGGUAAGACCUUUCAGGAUGUCACAGAGCUCAUCAGUAACACCUUUAUCAGCACUGACUUUGGAAUCGCCAUUGGCCCUGAGAGCUCUGGGAAGGUGAUCCUUACAGGAGAUCUGUCUGGAAGUGGUAGUGCCAGAAUUUUCCUCUCAUCAGAUUUUGGGAACAGCUUCACUCGCUCAGACCUGCCAUUUAAUCCAAAAAUGCAGAUCAUGUACAAUCCCCAAAACCCCAACGUACUUGUGGCAAUCAGCACCAAGAGUGACCUCUGGAUUUCAGAAAACUUUGGAGAGAAGUGGAGGAUCAUCAGCGAGACUGUGUGUGUGGUCAAAUGGGGGGCAGACAAUACACUCUUCUUCUCCACAAACCUGAAUGGGUCCUGCUCUGACAGAGGGAUGCUGACUUUGAAGAAGACUAUAGACAAUGGACAAACAAUUAACACAAUCGCAGAGAAGAUUUACUCCUUUGGGAUUGGUGGGCGUUUCUUGUUCGCCUCUGUCAUGACUGGAACAGGUACGUUGCGAAUGAUCCAUGUGUCUGUGGAUCAGGGUAAGGAGUGGAACAUGGCACAGCUCCCUCCUGUAGGACAUGAGCAGUUCUACUCAAUACUAGCAGCCAACAAUGAGAUGGUGUUCAUGCACGUGGAUGAACCAGGAGAUACCGGCUUUGGCACCAUUUAUGUGUCGGAUGACCGGGGCAUGGUUUACUCCAAGUCUCUGGAGCACCAUCUCUACACGGCCACUGGGGGUGAUAAUGAUUUCACCAAUGUGACAUCACUCAGAGGUGUAUUCAUGACCAGUGUGCUAGCUGAAGAUGGCUCUUUGCAAACUGUGGUGUCGUUCGACCAGGGAGGGGAAUGGGUGCCCUUGAGGAAACCAGAAAACAGCGAGUGUGAUUCCACAGCUAAAGAUAAAGACAAAUGUAGUCUACAUAUCCACGCAUCUUACAGUAUCUCUAAGAAGUUGAAUGUGCCAAUGCUUCCUCUGAGUGAGCCCAAUGCUGUGGGACUGAUAAUCGCUCAUGGUAGCGUGGGUGAUGCAAUCUCAGUGCUGACUCCAGACGUGUACGUGUCCGAUGAUGGUGGAUACUCGUGGCUGCGUGCUCUGGAGGGCCCCCACCACUACGCCAUCCUGGAUUCCGGAGGUCUGCUGGUCGCUGUGGAGCACAACCCCACAGUUCCCAUAUCUCAGAUCAAGUUUUCCACAGAUGAGGGCCAGUGCUGGCAUGUGUACAACUUCACCAAAGAACCGCUCUUCUUCACCGGGCUUGCCUCGGAGCCAGGGGCACGUUCCAUGAAUGUCAGUAUCUGGGGCUACAGAGAAACUCUGAUCACUCAGUACUGGGUCUCCAUCACCAUCGACUUCAGAGAGCUGCUUACUCGCGACUGUGUGGAGAAUGACUAUGUGCCGUGGCUGGCACAUUCUGAUGACAUCAGUGACCCUAAAGAUGGCUGCAUGCUUGGUUAUAAGGAGAAGUUUCUGCGUCUGAAGAAGGACUCAGUGUGCUGGAAUGGGAGAGAUUACAAUGUCAAUAAGCAGCCUACACCAUGCGCCUGCACUCUGGAUGACUUCCUGUGUGACUUUGGAUACUACCGAAAUGAGAACAGCUCUGAUUGUCUAGAGCAGCCCGAGCUCAAAGGCCAUGAUCUAGAGCUGUGCAUUCAUGGGAAGAAAGAACAUCUGCAGACCAAUGGGUAUCGUAAGAUUCCCGGGGAUAAGUGCGAGGGAGGCAAUCAACCAGAAAGAAAAGAGGUUGAUAUUAGAAAAAAAUGUAUCAGCAAUCUACUGGACCCACAGAAGCAGACACAGAACAAUGGGAAACCUUCGCACUCCGCCCCUAUUAUUGUCACAGUUAUUGCCAUUGUUCUCGUCAGCUGUAUUGCUGGAGCUCUUUUUGUGAAGAAGUAUGUGUGUGGAGGAAGAUUCCUGGUGCACAGGUACUCAGUCCUACAGCACAAUGCCGAGGCUAAUGGCAUAGAGGGAAUGGACGAAACUCUGGAUACAAACGUGGCUGGACAUGCUAAGAUUGGCUUCCAUGAUGAUUCAGAUGAGGACCUCCUGGAAUAACAGUGAUGAUUCAGCACCAGCAGGAACAGGGAGAUCUCUUCUCCUUUUCCCUCAGGCAUCUCUGCUGCUGUUUUACACCUGCUAGAAAGCACAACACCCAACGCCCAAGACUCUUCAUCACCCCGCCCUCCCACUCUCAACCCUAUGCUCCGCUUCAAGCUUUUCUAGUGGAGUGAACUGCAGUUCCAUUGUUCUCUUUAUGAAGGUAUGCCAUGGACAUACCUGUAAUUACUAACUGGAAGAACCAGAGUAGCGAGCCAGUGCUUAAAUGGCUGGACCUUCUGUAAUGUCACAUUUAUCUUGCCUGGGGAGCAUGCCAAGGUCUUGUUGGUUUAACUGGACGAAAAUAGGAGUGGAGUACAACCGAGGCACUUGCGUAUACAGAAUUCUUGUCCCUGUUUAGAAAUGUAGGCAGUUCAAAAUCUUACCAUAGCUGGUUAUAUAGCAUAUAAAAUUGACACAGGAAAAACUAAAAACUUUAAAUCAGGAGUAAAUCAGGUACUUCACCGAAUAAUUUACUGUGGUCUUGUGAUCCUCAAAAAAAGUCUUAAGAUUUAUGUAUAACCCAUAUUUUUGCUCAAUGAUAUGUCCUGAGGAUCUUAUUAAAAAAGCAAUACAGUGUGUAAAUACCACGCAUCUGCAGGUAUAGGCACCCAAAAUAGGCUGUAACCUUCUCAGUUUCUCAAAAAGGAGAGAAAUGACAGAAUAUGUAAUUUACCUAAGGCAAUGCUACUGUGUAGACAGUAUAAUACUUCCUGUGGCUGUAUAGUUUUUAAACUGCCUUUCCAUAUAAGGUUAAUUUAAUUUACAGAGAGGAAGGGAAAUGUAAUAUGUAAAGAAAAGUAAAGUUGCGAUUUUAUCUAUGAGUAUAUAUAUAUACCGGUAUAUGUGUGCAGAAUGAUAGAUAAUUUUAUAAAAGACACAUUGAUUUUCAUAUAAUGUAUAAAAAGUUUUUGCACUGUGAAACAUGGGGGCAGAUACACUGGCUCACUAAAGACUUCUCGAAUAGUCUUUAGUCUUCUCGAAUUCUGGAGUUAGCAAUUCUGGUAACACUUGAAGGCAACGUGGAAGAAAUAUUGAUUUUUUUUUUGGGUCAGGUUGUCUGAUAUGAGCAAAUAUAAGAUGUUCAAUUUGUAUUAGCGUGGUCACCAGUCUUAUCCAUAAAGCUGAAAUAGAGACCACAGGCAGAGCCUGACUAGACUGUUUGGUAGGAAUGUCCUUAUUCCUGCAAACCAAGGGUUUUUAAA